AUGGGUUCCGAAACCAGGCAAGUAUCCUUCCCACUCAACCCCGCCCUUGAAUCACAGCGGCAUCUAACAAGCAGUUGCAACACAGCCCAGGAAGCGCCAGACUCGGUCUCUAUUGAGGAGUUUAUGAGCGAUGAGAAAUACGGCCGCCAGCCCUUUGCCAAAUCCAGGAACCCGUUCACGUGCGGCAUUACGGGGCGGUCCUACAGCCACCCCGAGCUGUUUGCACGCGCCGACUUCCUCGCGCGCGCCCUGUCGCGGCGGUCUGGAUGGGCGCCCAACGACGGCCUUACUCCGUGGGACAAGGUCGUCGCCAUUUUCUCCAUCAACACCAUCGAUUACCUGCUGCCCGCAUACGCCGCGCAUCGGAUGAACGGCAUCGCAACGCCCGUCAACGCCGCGUACACGGCCAGCGAGCUCGAGCACCAGCUCCGCAGCGCCGGCGCUGGUAUGGUCUUUACGUGCACGGCGCUGUUCGGCGUUACCCUCAAAGCAGCCGACGCAGCGGGGAUUAGGAGAGAGCGUAUUUUUCUGCUGCCGACCGCUGGGGACGCCGCGGACGGCGCGGCUACGAAGAAAUCCCCGUUCCCAAACCUCCAGGAGCUUAUCGCUGAAGGCCAAAGCUUGGACUCUUUGCAAAAGCUCAAGUGGAUCAAGGGGCAGGGGGCUAGACAGGUGGCGUUUAUUACGUAUAGUUCGGGCACGUCGGGGCUCCCAAAAGCCGUUAUAAUAUCGCAUUAUAACGUUAUUUGCAACGUGAUCGCCCAUACGACGUUUAAUUCGGUGAGCCGCAAAAAAAACGGCAUCGAAACCGAGGUAGAACUGGGUUUGGUCCCCAUGAGCCACACGUACGGAUUGUUGGUCGUUUCGCACAUGGCGACGUGGCGCGGAGACGAAAUAAUCGUGCUACCCAAAUUCGAAAUGCGGUCGUACCUCAACGCGAUCCAGAGGUUCCGUAUCGAACGCCUUCUCGUCGUCCCGCCUAUAAUUAUCGCCAUGCUGAACAGCGGCGAAUUCCCGAAAACCACCUCAACUAACAAACCUCUGGCGCCAUACCACCAGUCCCCCUCCGUCGUUCUUGGUUACAUGAACGACGAGAGAGCCACCACAGAGACCUUUGUGUACGACGCCGACGGCCGCUGGGUCAGGUCAGGCGACAAGGUUUACGUGACCACGUCGCCGCAUCACCACGAACACCUCGUCGUGGUCGACCGCAUCAAGGAGCUCAUCAAAGUCAAUGGGUACCAGGUUGCGCCGGCAGAGCUCGAGGCCCACAUACUCAAGCACCCAGCCGUGUCUGACGUUGCCGUGACGCAGAUACCGGACCAUCGGGCGGGCGAGGUGCCCAAGGCGUUCGUGGUCAGGGCGCCAGAGUACCACCCGGAACUGCCGCUGGACGAGAUUGCCGGGCGAAUAAUCCAACACGUCGCCGACCACAAGGCACGGUACAAGUGGCUCGGGGGUGGCGUCGAGUUUGUAGACGCCAUCCCGAAGACGCCAAGCGGUAAAAUCCUGAGGAGGAAGCUGAGAGAGCCUAGAGCUCCUGCAAGCUGCCUGGAACUCGGAGAGGAGGCCGACGAGCGUUUACCCGACUUUGAGGAGGAUAGCAUCGACAGUUCUCCUGUAUCCGAAGGGAGUCCUGGAGAUGCCGCACCAAAAACACCGCUGGAGCCCCAUCCCUCCAUGGAUGAUGACGUCUUCUGCAUCAAAAACCAAAUUGACCAGGCAUUUGAAUGGAAAUCGGCUGUGUAG